CGAGAGAGCAGGUUGCACUUGCAAGGAAGCUGGGAUCUAAGCAAGAAACCACUGAGUUCGUAGUUCUAACCUGCUGCUCACUAUCGGGGAACCAUGAGAGCGAUUAUUCAAAGGGUCACUCAGGCCAGUGUCACCGUGGGAGAAGAGCAGAUCAGCUCUAUUGGGCGAGGCAUAUGUGUUCUGUUGGGAAUUUCAGUAGAGGACACACAGAAAGACGUUGAUUACAUGGUCAGAAAAAUUCUAAAUCUUCGGGUAUUUUCAGAUGAGAAUGGGAAGCAAUGGUGUAAAAGUGUUAUGGAUAAGCAGUAUGAAGUGCUGUGUGUCAGCCAAUUCACUUUACAAUGCAUACUAAAGGGCAAUAAGCCAGACUACCACAUGGCUAUGCCUUCAGAGCAAGCUGAACCUUUCUACAAUGACUUCCUGCAACAAAUGCGGCGAGCCUACAAACCUGAGCUCAUUAAAGAUGGCAAGUUUGGAGCCUACAUGCAAGUGCACAUACAGAACGAUGGCCCAGUGACUAUAGAAUUGGAACCACCAGCUUCUAGCACUGACCCAAAGCAUCUCACAAAGCUUGAGAAGCAACAGCAAAGGAAGGAGAAGACAAGAGCCAAAUCACUGUCCGAGUCCGGCAGAGAGAAGAGUGUUCCUCGUAGUAAGGAUGACCCUAGCGCCAGCAGUGGGGCAGAUGGAGACGUGUCUUCUGAAAGAGAACCAUAGGGAGCCAUAGAGAAUCUGGUAUUCUAUACCUUCAUGUCCUAAUUGCUUUAGUUGCCCUUCAUCCCACCUUCAGCAAAGCCUAUAUAGUUUGUCAAUAAAACCAAGUUUAAAUUCUAAAAAAAAAUAUUUAAUGUGAUGUUUUCACUCACGGUGCUGCCUGCUUAAUUACAUCCCAAUCAUCCUGCAAUGUGCAAGAUUACCCUGUAUUGUGAGUAGGGUUGCCACCUCGGCCAUGUUUUCCUGGACAUUUAUGAGUUACACAUGCUGCAGGGUAAGCAGGGAGGAACAUGUAUUAUUCACAUGAAUAGGGCUGAGGAAGAGCACAAUACAUGUUACUACCUGCACGCCCUACAGCAUGUGUAACUCAUAAGUGUCGAGGAAAAAAUGGCCUAGGUGGCAACCCUAAUUAUGAGGUAAUUUUCCCUUCUGUUUAAGUCCUUAUUUCCCUGUGUGUCGCCAUAACCCAUCCUAGAUCCAAACUCUGUUCCUAGCUGCCCCUGCUCUAUGGCUAAGCCAUGAACAUCCACCCCUAACAUUUUUUUUUCUCUGUAUUAAAGGUGUAGGUUUUCUUAUUCAUGUGAGACUUUGUAAGCCUAACUCUGAUACAUUGUCCACAACUCUGGUCCUAAUUGCCCUCAGCAGGGGCAAUUAGUGACUUUUAAAAGGAUGUGUCCCUAAACCAGAAAACAAUGCAGAUCUUGAUAACAAAAAUACAGUUAAAUGCUUUUAAACUUUUUGUUUCAUGCAGACCUUUUGCAAUGAGAUUUAUAUUCCUUUAAUGUACUAUUUUUGGAUGCACGGGUUCCUUGUUCAUAAUAAAUAUUGUUUCUUCUAA